AUGUAUCUCAUUCCGUCAUUCCGUUUCCACAGUAUGGAUCCAAAGCGCCCCACUGGUGCUAGUGCCCGCGCUGACUCUGACGGAGACUCUGACGGAGACACCGGCGACAAGUACCAGAAUGAGGAUGACGACGAGAGUGAUGAUGCGGAGGAGGAACUACCCAAAGGCAAACGAGGUCAAGGAAUCAAGCCCGGCAAGGGCAAGGGGAAGGGCAAGGAGAAGGACAAGGGCGAGGACAAGACCAAGGGCAAGGGCAAGGAGAAGGGCAAAGACAAGGAGAAAGGCAAGGACAAGGACAAGCCAACCCAUAGCAAGCGUAAGGCUGGCACUGGUGCUCGGGCCCCCGCAAAGAAGAAGAAGAUGAUGAACGACGUCGAGAGCGAUCAAGAUGAGGACGGCCUAGUCACGUCGAGUUAUGCCACGCGCAAGCCACGGGAGAUCUCCGACAAGGUGCCCUCGACAGUCGACUCCGAAUUUAGCUUGCUCGCAGCGGGUAGCAUUAUGGAGGUGCUCGAGCACGCAAACCGGCUCAAACAGGUGGAGCUUCGCCACCGCGGCGUGGAUGAUCCCGUUGUUAACGACGGUCACAAACCCUCCUCGUAUACCGAUUUCAAAGGGCUGUACCAGACAGCGAUUCGCAAGAACGCCCCGAAGAAUGGCCGCGAAGAUGACGUUACCAAGGAUGCCGAGGGCGAGGUUGGAUGA